AGUAUUAUUGCAAGUGCCUGAAAGUGCAAAAGAAAUGGUCACAGAGAAGCUUAUUAACAGUGCACAGAUAUGGUGCUGUGUGUUUCUGUAUCUGCUGGUGUUUGGAGAUGGCGGUUCACAAGUCAAAUUUCUGCCUGGAUUUCAAGGGCCUCUCCCUUUUGAACUCGAAACCGGUUACAUUGGAGUGGGAGAGUCCGAGGAUGUUCAGCUGUUCUAUUAUUUCACCAAGUCAGAAUCGCAGCCUGAAUCUGACCCCAUUAUUCUUUGGCUAACUGGAGGUCCUGGCUGCUCUGCACUCUCUGGGUUACUGUUUGAAAUAGGGCCGAUUACUCUUGAAAAAGAGAAGUAUAAUGGGAGCUUACCUAGGAUUGUUUUGAAUCCUUACUCUUGGACAAAGGUUGCAAGCAUUAUUUUCUUGGAUUCGCCCGUGGGUACUGGAUUUUCAUAUGCCAAAACCCCAUCUGCUUUGCAAUCUAGUGACAUGCAAACUUGCCAUGAAACAUAUGAAUUUGUUCGGAAGUGGUUGAAUGAUCACCCGGAGUUCAUAUCCAAUCCAUUCUAUGUUGCCGGGGAUUCAUACGCUGGCAUUCUGGUUCCAAUCAUUUCUCAGCUCAUAUCUGAUGGGAAUGAGAUGGAAAUUCAUCCACAGAUUAAUCUCCAGGGGUAUAUGCUUGGGAAUCCAAAAACAUUUCCAGAAGAAAAUGACUAUAAAAUUCAAUUUGCUCAUGGAAUGGCACUUAUUUCUGAUGAACUGUAUGAAUCUCUUCAGGUAAACUGCAAUGGAAAGUACCAGAGUGUAGAUCCCAGCAAUGCAAAGUGCUUGCAGGAUAUAAACACUUUGAAUGAACUGAUCAAUGGAAUUGAUGGUGCACAAAUCUUAGACUGGACUUGCGGUUUUGCAGUCUCGAUGGCAGAUGAUGAUAUUGCCAGCCAACGACGAAGAUCUCUUCACCAACAACUCAAUCAUCACCCACUAUCUGCACUAAAAUGCCAUAUUGAUUGGUAUAGGCUCUCUUAUUACUGGGCAGAUAAUGAAAGUGUUCGUGACGCCCUCCAUAUAAACAAGGGAAGUAUUGGGAGCUGGACUAGGUGCAACCUUAAAUUGCAAUACAAAAUAACAACCUGGAAUAGCAUUCCGUACCAUGCAAACCUCAGUGCUAAAGGAUACAGGUCUCUUAUAUACAGCGGUGAUCAUGAUAUGAUGGUCCCCUUUCUUUCUACUCAAGCGUGGAUACGAUCUCUGAACUACUCUAUCGUUGAUGAGUGGCGACCAUGGACUGUUGAAGGUCAGGUUGCUGGUUACACAAGGACAUACUCCAACCAGAUGACAUUUGCCACUGUGAAGGGUGGAGGGCAUACAGCACCAGAGUACAAACCUCCAGAAUGUCAGGCCAUGAUAGAAAGAUGGCUAUCUUAUAAACCUCUGUAGGAUGUAUUCCUUUCAUACAGGAAUAUAUGAUAUCUGCAUAUAUAUUAUAUAGUAUGUCAUCCAUGUUUAGCAUAUAUUAUAUGUUGUCAUCCAACUCUCUCAAUAAGCUUAAAAUUGGCAUUUAAUAAAUAAAUAAAAGCAUUCUUUCAA